CAGCUGGUAUUCACUUGUUUUCGUUUUGUUAUGUUUUAUCGCAAAAAUGUACGACACAGAACUAUUUAAAUAUUGAUAAAAUCGUGGAAAGGUGAUUAUUCUUUAAUUAGCGGCAAACAAGAUUAACGCAGAAAUAAAAGCGAAGAGAACACUUGCGGAACGAAAGCAAAGUAAUUGUAUGCUAAAUAUCAGCAAAAGGGAGACUUGCGUGUCAGGGGUUGCGAAAAGUUGAUAUUCUUGGGAAAGUUGCAGCAACAUAAGAAGAAUGUGCGAGUCCAAAUGUUUUACACUGCUAAAGGAUCCAGGUUCCUACACACCAGACACCAUAGACUUGAAUCAGGAUAAAGAUGCGGCUUCUUAUUGGUUUCCUUGUUUUCGAAAUCUUAUAGAAAAAUUUGCCACACAAGCAGCAGAAAGUCAACGUCAAACCGAUGCAACAGCCAUCGAGCGUUCGGAAAAAUUUCGCAAAUCUUAUUUGGAAAAGUUGGAUGAGUACCAAAGAAAUACAGAGGUUAAUGCAACUAACAAAACUGUGCUCGGUGUACGUGAAUUGCUUGAAUUGAAUGAGACAAAAUUGCGCCUAUUUGGCUUCGCAGAUCCGUGGCAACAACAAAAACAAUUAGAAAACACUGCAGCACUUGCAGCCUUGAAGAAGCGACUCGAAGAGUUGGAUGCCAUUGAUGAUAAUGCAGCGCGUUGGACAGAACUGGUGCGUGGUGUGCUCGCUGGCAAUAUGUUCGAUUGGGGAGCGCAAGCUGUGACGAGUAUUUUGGAACAAGAUUCAAAAUUCGGUUUACAUGCAGCGCUAGAUCGUAUAGAGAAGCGGCCAUGGCUAAUCGACAACUUGGAUGCUUGGUUGCAACGUUUGCGUGGCAAUGCGCAUAAAUGUGCGCUCAUUUUCGUAGAUAAUAGUGGCGUAGAUGUAGUAUUGGGCAUGUUACCUUUUGUGCGUGCACUGUUGCAACGUGGCACCAAAGUGUUACUAUGUGCUAACACGGAACCCUCAUUGAAUGAUGUAACGAGCCGAGAGUUGUCUGAUUUGCUGGAUAAAUGUUGCAAAUAUUGCAACGUUUUAGCACAUGCAUGGCACGAUCAGCGAUUACUAGUCUACGCAAAUGGACAGCGGGGUCCAUGCUUGGAUAUGCGCACUUUGCCAGUGGAAUUGUGCGAGGCCAUACAGAAACAUGAGACUGAUUUGUUGGUGAUCGAAGGUAUGGGGCGUGCGCUGCAUACGAAUCUCUAUGCGAAAUUCAGCUGUGAGACACUUAAACUGGCUGUCAUAAAGAAUAAAUGGCUAGCCGAACAUUUGGGCGGUGAUACGUUUGCAGUUAUUUGUAAAUAUGAAGGCGCCAGCUAGUUAAUAUCAUCUAAUUUCUACCACCGUUUAAUUUGAGAUUAGAUUACCUACUUUUGAUUAAAUGUAUUCAUUGAUGAUCCAGUCAUGCAAAUAGGACGAUGAGAGCAAAAUAAAGCAUAAUGAAUU